UUCCUAUUUAAACCUAUUAAUUUCUUCAUUAUUUGUAACAGUUCUUUACUUGGGCGGUUCAAAUAUCUCUAUUCCGUACCUAUUCAUUUCUGAGUCUUUUGAAAUAACUAAAGCAUAUGGAGUUUUUGGAACUACAAUUGAUAUCUUUAUCACAUUAGCUAAAACUUAUUUGUUUUUGUUCCUUUCUAUCACAGCAAGAUGGACUUUGCCUAGGCUAAGAAUGGACCAAUUAUUAAAUCUUGGGUGGAAAUUUCUUUUACCUAUUUCUCUCGGCAAUCUAUUAUUAACAACUUCGUCUCAACUAUUUUCACUGUAAAAUAUGGAUCCUCUAGAUUUGUAACUUGUCGCAAACAAGAGAAAGAAACAAAAAAACUAUUUCAUAGAUAUUCACGAUAUGUUCCUUAUGGUAACUGGGUUCAUGAAUUAUGGUCAACAAACAAUCCGAGCUGCAAGAUACAUUGGUCAAAGUUUCAUGAUUACCUUAUCCCACGCAAAUCGUUUACCCGUAACUAUUCAAUAUCCUUAUGAAAAAUUAAUUACAUCAGAACGUUUUCGCGGUCGAAUCCAUUUUGAAUUUGAUAAAUGCAUUGCUUGUGAAGUAUGUGUUCGUGUAUGUCCUAUAGAUUUACCCGUUGUUGAUUGGAAACUGGAAACAGAUAUUCGAAAGAAACGUUUGCUUAAUUACAGUAUUGAUUUCGGAAUUUGUAUAUUUUGUGGUAAUUGUGUUGAGUAUUGUCCAACAAAUUGUUUAUCAAUGACUGAAGAAUAUGAACUUUCAGUUUAUGAUCGUCAUGAAUUGAAUUAUAAUCAAAUUGCUUUAGGCCGAUUACCAAUGUCAGUAAUUGAUGAUUAUACAAUUCGAACUAUUCUAAAUAAAAAAUAAUAGGAUAUAAUAAAAUCGUUUUAUUUAUUUAUAAGAAUUCAAUAUUAAUAUAUAA